AUAAGCAACCUGAAAUCUAUUAGGGUCAGUCACUCAAGCAAGCGCCCGUUCGAAGGCGAAUUUGCCAGGGAAAGCUCAAAAAGAAAUCUUACUUAAUUAGUUAUCGGAAUAAGCAUACGAAGCAAAAGCAGCAUGAAUGCAAGACAUGUCAUCAAAGCUUUUUAUCCUCAGCCGAAUUACGUACACAUUCAUUCAUUCAUUCGGAUCUCUUUCCUUUUCACUGUGAUAUUUGCAAUUUAAAAUUCCAAGAUAACCAAAGAAAAAUUGUACAGGGUGUCUAAAUAGUCAUGUUUUCUCGGUCAAAGUUUCAAACUUUCUACGACCAAUAUCGGGUAGAUCAGUCACAAGAGCGCAUCCAGAAGGAGGGUUAUGGGGGUCAUAGAAACCCUUUUCUAUGGGCCCGAUUCGGGUCAUUGAAAAUUCGUUCGCAAAACUGCAAUCGGUUGAAAAUCUUGAAAGAGUUUGAAUGCCCAAAAGACGAUUUUUCAAGACAAAUGAUCAGUGUUUUAUUUGUGCAAUUAAGGUCGCAAUUUUGUUCAGAAAACUUGCUUGAAAACGCUUAUUGUCAGUAUAAAUGUUCUGCAGAACUCUGUUUAUAUCGUUUUGGAAAUUUGUUAAAAAACGCACUAUUUUCGAUAAAAGCUGCAUCUCGGAAAAUGCAAACGGUUGAAAAUCUUAAAAGCUAUGAUGAUUGUUUGCAAAGUGUUUUCUCAACACAUUCACUGUAUAUAUACAUAUAAAAAAAUUUGUAACAGAUAGCAUAUAGCUAGCGCAUAUAUUUGACACAAACAAUUUAUAUGGAAUCUACAAUUAUACAAAUGUAUAACGUAAAUAAUUUUCUGUAUGUGAACCACCAACCAAUUAGAAGCUUAAGAAGCAUUGACCUGAGUCUUUCUAAAGUGUUGAGAAACCUGUACCGAAAAUUCAUAACUUAUAUUGGUCCAAAACUGUUUAAUGCCCUACGAACAAAUAUAAAAUUCAAAAUAUACUACCUAUAUUACAUAACAAAUGUUUUAGCAAACUUAAAAAUCUUUAAUCAAGCUAUCAAAGUCCACUUUGGCUCUAACACGAAUAAUUUUUUUAGGUUACGAAUAAAGAGCCGCUAUAGAAAAUCCCGAAACGCUGCAGAACUCAAGAGCCAAAAAGUAUCGAAUCAAGCAAAACCAGCGCGAUAUUCAUGUUCCACUUGCGACAAAAACUAUUCAUCCAGGACAUUCUUGGCGAAACAUCGACAGCAAUGCGGCAUGAAAAAUUUUGAAGCCCCCAAACGAAGGCCAUAUCGAGUGCCACGCGAAUGCAGUAAAUGCUCUAAAACAUUCUUAACAGUAAAGGAGCUGAAGAUGCAUCAAAAGCAGCAUGGUUCUCUAGAGCCUGACGAAGAGCACACGUACCAACAUGACGAGGAAUCGGAUUUGUAUAUUUGCCAAACGUGUUCAGCCGAGUUUCAGUUCAGUUCUGAAGCGGAAAAGCACAUAACGGUUCACAAACAGCAGAAUUUCGCUUGCUUAAGAUGUACGGGAAAAUUCAAGUCGCUUCGAGCACUGUUUUGUCAUAUGGAAAAUCACCCGGAAGCGAAUAAAAUCCCCUGUCCAAUGUGUUCUUUUAAAGCCGAUACGACCAAGAAGCUGUUGAGCCAUUUAACAUCCAGCCACAUGGACACAAAUGUAUGCCAGAAAUGCGAAAAAACAUUCAACAAUCGAGCGAAUUUUCGCAAGCACAUGCUCCGACACGACGAAACCAAGAAAACCACCUGCAUAGUAUGCAAAAAUAUGUAUUUCGGGGCAAAGGCACUGCUGCGGCACCAGAUUUGCAUGCACAAAGCCGAUAUUUUGAAUGAUCCAUCUCUUCUCUGGUGCAACACAUGCAGAAUGGAAUUUAAGACUUUAAACCUGCUAAAAUAUCACAUAGAUAAGGCUCAUAUUAAGAAGCAAACGAAAACGGUGGAGAAGAAAUGCCUGUGCGAUAUAUGCGGACAGGGAUUUAAGGACAGUGAUAACUUAAAAAAGCACAAAAUCUCCCAUACAGAACAUAGACCGUUUGAGUGCAAGGAAUGUGGAAAAGCCUUUAAGCACAAGUACGUUCUCACCUAUCAUGAGCGAAUUCAUACAGGCGAACGUCCAUACACUUGCGGAUAUUGUGCGAAGAACUUCAGACAAUGGACACCGUACAAGGUCCAUUUGAGGGGACACACCGGCGAAAAACCUUAUGUGUGUAAAUUAUGCAGCAAAGGUUUCACCACGAAUCAAGGUCUGAAGCUUCAUAUCAAGAGCUGUUUUAAUACAAGUGAUAAUGAGGCGCCAGUUUUCCAUUCCAAUAUUUCCAAUGGGCUCUUGAAGGCAGAAGACUUGUGUGAAGGAAGGCACAAAAAUACAUCCUCAAUUCAGUAAUUCUGAAAAUGCAAAUGGUGUCUUAGAACAAAAUAAAGCGUCUUUUAAGUAAA